CCACAAAUCAAUCCUCUUCAUUCCAGCUAGUGCCGAGUGCGAACGGUUGGCGCACAGACACCACGAGGCAGGGAAUAUGAAGCUUUUAGCACUUGCGACGUUCGCCUUGGCGCUGUACACCACCGUGCUGAGCACUCGCUCUCCCUACCAGCAAGUCCUGCAGCACAGCCGGAUCCGAGGACGUCAACACGGGCCCAAUGUUUGCGCUGUUCAACAAAUUGAUGGCACCGACAAGAAGUACUUCACUAACUGCAAGCAAUGGUAUCACAGGAAAAUCUGCGGGAAGCCCACGAUGAUUACAUAUGAAUGUUGUCCUGGAUAUGAAAAGAUUCCUGGGGAAAAGGGCUGCCCUGCAGCUCUCCCCCUCACCAACAUAUUCAACACCCUGGGGACUGUAGGUUCUACCACCACCAAGAUGUACUCUGAGAGGUCUGGUUUGCAGGCAGAAAUUGAAGGACCAGGCAGUUACACCAUUUUUUCUCCUAGCAAUGAUGCUUGGGCUGCACUACCUGCGGAAAUUCUAGAUGCUCUGGUUAGCAAUGUUAACAUUGAGCUGCUGAAUGCUCUUCAUUACCAUAUGGUCAACAAAAGACUCACAACUGAUGAUCUUAAACAUGGAAUGGCCAUUCCCUCCAUGUAUCAAGACCUGAAUGUUUAUAUCCAUCAUUACCCCAAUGGAAUUGUGACAGUAAACUGUGCCCGUUUGAUGAAAGCUGACCAGCAUGCAACUAAUGGAGUGGUGCACGUCAUUGAUCGUGUCAUUACUUCUAUUACUAGUACAAUUCAGGAUACAAUUGAGCUGGAGGACAGCCUAGAGACACUGCGAGCUGCUGUGGCUGCAGCAGGUCUAAGCACCGUACUGAGUGGUGAAGGUCAAUAUACUUUCUUUGCUCCAACUAAUGAUGCCUUUGAGAAAAUACCUUCUGAGACGCUCAACAGAAUUCUUGGCGAUCCAGUUGCUCUGAAGGAUUUGUUGAACUACCACAUUCUGAAGUCAAUCCAAUGCUCUGAAGCCAUCGUGGCAGGCACCCCCAUGGAGACCUUGCAGGGAACUGUGUUGGAGGUGGGAUGUGAUGGAAGUGGCCUGACCCUUAAUGGAAAAGCAAUUAUUACCAAGAAAGAUCAACUGGGAACCAAUGGCAUCAUUCACUACAUCAGUGAACUUCUCAUACCAGAUUCAGCUAAAACUCUUUUUGAGUUGGGACAAGGAUCAUCUGUAACAAAAGCUAUGGAGCUCUUUGGUCAAGCUGGACUGAAUUCCUUUUUGACUGGUAGUGAGGCACUCACUCUCCUUGCACCCAUGGAUGAUGCUUUCCAAGGUGCAAGUCUAAGAAUUACUCCAGAAGUUAAAACAAUUUUAAGAAAUCACAUUGUUAAAGAGCAGCUUUCCUCUAAGCAUCUAUACCAUGCCCAAAAUCUGGAGACCCUGGAGGGAGUGAAGCUUAGAGUUUUCGUCUACCGUAAUUCUAUAUGCAUUGAAAAUGCAUGCAUUGCAGCCCAUGACAAGAAGGGCAGAUUUGGCACACUCUUCACUGUUGACAAGGUCAUUACUCCACCAGUUGGAACGGUCAUGGACAUCUUGAAAGGGGAUAAUCGCUUCAGCACUCUAGUUGGUGCCAUCCAGAAGGCAGGCUUGACAGAAACACUAAAUCGCCCUGGUACUUACACAGUGUUUGCACCAACUAAUGAAGCCUUCCGUGCUAUGCCUUCAGCAGAUCUAAAUAAACUCAUGGGCAAUCCUCGUCAGCUGGCCAAUAUCUUGAAAUAUCACAUUGGGGAGGAGCUAGUGGUCAGUGGAGGAGUGGGAUCUCAUUUCAGGCUUAAAUCCCUUCAAGGAGAAAGACUUGAUCUAAACAUGAAAAACUACACUGUCAACGUGAACAAAAUGCCGGUGUCAGAAUCAGAUAUGAUGGCCACCAAUGGAGUUGUCUAUGCCAUUGAUUCAGUUUUACAGAUUCCAGUUUUCCGGCCUAUGGCAGAUGAAGUUUCAUUUUCUCGUAAAGCUUCUGCAAUGAAAGUUGGAACCAUCUUGAAAGAAGGUGACUAUGCUGAGAAGCUGAUCAAAGCGCACUCUCGCAGGCAUGCUACUCGUACUCAUUAAAAUGCAUACUUAGAAGUUUCAUGGACAACAAAACAGUCAGCUGUUCUUCUGGAAGCUAUUUCUGAUUAUUAUGGAACAUGCUCUUCCACUUGAAUUUAUUGGGUUUUUUUCAAUUUCACUCAUCAACAUCUUUUUUUAUGAAAAUACAUAGUAUAUAUGUAUGUGUGAGACAUUCUAUCUUUUACUCACAUGUCAGGGUCACAAAUAUAUUGGAGAUCUUGGGUCUGCCUUAUUGAAAAUUUCUCAGUGAAAUAAAGCAUUUUGUUUUACCAAAGUGAGAAUUAGUGCUCAGCAUUUUUAACUUGCAAAGUUAUAUAACACAAUUUUAUUUUAUUUUUUUGGUCUUUCUGCCAUUUCCACCAAGCAGCAUUUUGGAGUGUGCAUGUGUGUGUGUGUGUGUGCUUUUAUUGUAUUUGAUUUUUUUCAAUAUGUACUGUAUUUAUAACUCUAGCAUGUUUUGCAUGGAAUAAGCUGAAGCUAAAGCUAAGACAAAACCUGUUGUGUUUCUUUUAAGUGACAUCUAAACAAGCCUAGCAUAUGAGGUUUUGAAAACUGUUUUGUUUUUUUAUUUCUUUUCUUUUUUUAAUUUUAAAAGCAUACACAUGCACACCUAUUUUGUAAUAUAUUGCUGUCAUUUAAGUGACCACAAAAAGAACUGUGCCUCUGAAAAUAAAAGUAAUUCAUUUUCUAAGUAA